UACCGAAGUAGCACGGAGCCACGGACUACCACGCAACCCUCUAAAUCCGUCUGGUGCUUAUUUCCAGUCCUCGGUGGCUGCCCUAACUGGGAUUUGAACCGGAAUUCUGAUCGUUUUCUCGUAGCUUCGUCACUUCCGGUGCAUGUGCGGCGAACUCAAAUCGGUUUCACGAAGAAGAAUUUCUAUUGCAAUCCACGCGAGUAAUGGGUUCAGAUGCCGACAUGGAGGAUUAUGGCUUCGAGUAUUCAGACGAGGAGCCUGAGGAACAGGAUGUUGACAUCGAGAAUCAAUAUUACAACUCCAAAGUGGCGUUAUUUUUCCUGGGACUUAGCUCUGAUGAUUAUAAGAAAUUCAAGUGUUGGGAGAGACCUAAAAACCCAAAUCCGGUUUGGUUGAAACAGAUCCAGAAGGAGCACUUGCAGGCUUUGCUGAAGUGGUUACCAUGGAACCUGAGAAGGCAGAGUGGGGGUUCAAAGCACUAAAGCAAACUGUCAAAAUCUAUUAUCGUUUAGGGAAGUACACAGAAAUGAUGGAUGCUUACAGGGAUAUGUUAACAUACAUCAAAUCAGCAGUGACGCGAAAUUACAGUGAGAAAUGCAUAAAUAAUAUUAUGGAUUUUGUUUCUGGGUCAGCUAGUCAGAACUUUGGCCUUUUGCAAGAAUUUUACCAGACUACUCUAAAGGCCCUGGAGGAUGCAAAGAAUGAGAGACUUUGGUUCAAAACAAAUCUUAAGCUAUGCAAGAUUUGGUUUGAUAUGGGUGAAUAUGGGCGAAUGAGUAAGAUUCUAAAGGAACUCCAUAAAUCUUGUCAAAGAGAAGACGGUACUGACGACCAAAAGAAAGGAAGUCAACUUCUGGAGGUAUAUGCAAUUGAGAUUCAAAUGUAUACGGAAACUAAAAACAACAAAAAGCUCAAGCAAUUAUACCAACAGGCACUUGCAAUUAAAUCAGCAAUACCCCAUCCAAGGAUAAUGGGAAUAAUUCGAGAAUGUGGUGGGAAGAUGCAUAUGGCAGAGCGUCAGUGGGCUGAAGCUGCAACAGAUUUUUUUGAAGCCUUUAAGAAUUAUGAUGAAGCUGGAAAUCAACGGCGCAUACAAUGCCUGAAGUAUCUGGUUCUUGCCAAUAUGCUAAUGGAAUCUGAAGUUAAUCCAUUUGAUGGUCAAGAAGCCAAGCCAUACAAAAAUGAUCCUGAGAUUUUGGCAAUGACAAAUCUCAUAGCAGCAUAUCAACGUAAUGAGAUUUUGGAGUUUGAAAAAAUUCUUAAGAGUAACCGCAGGACAAUAAUGGAUGACCCAUUCAUCAGAAAUUAUAUUGAAGAUCUGUUGAAAAAUGUCAGAACCCAGGUGCUGCUUAAGCUUAUCAAACCUUACACUAGAAUCCGGAUUCCUUUCAUAUCAAAGGAACUCAAUGUGCCAGAAAAGGAUGUUGAGCAGCUGUUGGUUUCAUUGAUUUUGGACAAUCGCAUUGAUGGCCACAUUGAUCAAGUGAACAGGCUUUUAGAACGCGGUGACAGGUCAAAGGGAAUGAAGAAGUACACUGCCAUAGAUAAAUGGAACACUCAACUUAGGUCUCUUUAUCAGACUGUCAGCAAUCGCGUGUACUGAAACCAUUGGCUGGUAACAUGGUUUUCCUCUCAGAGGGCCAAGGGAACGGUUCUCUUUGCCCAGGUACAUGGCCACAACAUAGUAUAAACUGCAAAGUAGAUGUGCUUGGUUUUAUUCAUUGGAGAAUGUCAGUUCGGAAAUUUCUUGUUCAUCGAGUUACGAGUAAGUUUGAGGAUAUAAAUGUGUUCGGAACACGACAGAAUUUUGGUACUGCAAAAUUCGGGACUUGUUGAUAGCACAGAUGGGAAAACAUGCUUCCUGGUUUUCGUUUGGUUUAUCUUAUUGCUGCUGUUUUGGUUGAAGUAUUGAGUUGGUUGUCAAGGUGAAAAUGGUUGUGUCGCCGGGCUGAGACCCUUUAAGAGGUCAGUUUGAUAAUAGCGGAUACAUGAUUUCAGCAUUGCCUUUUGUAAUCACGAAUGAUAUAUAUACGGCGAUUAAUAACGUCAACCAAUAAUGACGUUACUGCACAAGA